ACUUUAAAUCACGACAUAUAUGAAAUUCCUUCUGAAUGGAGACCAUUUCUCAUUCAAUAUAAGCAUUUAAAAAAAAUCAUCCAUAAAAUUGAACAUGAUUUGAGUGAAAUUGGAAUGCCUCAAGAAAUCGAGAAAACAAAGUUUAAAGCUGUCUAUGGUUUUAAACUUGAAUAUUCAUUCAAAGAUGAUAAUAAUCAUGUUCGUAUUUGCAUCAAUGUUGAUUUUGAGGGGGGAGAGAGAGAUCAUAAAUGGACUCCUCCUAAAGUUCAAUUAUCCACCUUUAUCCAUCCGACUGAAAGUUCACUUUCUAAAUGUGAAAAUGAUCCCAUAUCUUUAUGUUCAUAUAUCUCAGAUGAUUCUCAAUGUUAUGAUGCAAAAGUUGUUGAUUUUGAUGAUUUUAUGGAGCAUUUACCUAGUCAUAAUGAUGAAUCUGUAAUUCGCAUAGAAGAAGUACUUGAAAAUCUCAAAAAAACACUUUGUGUUGAACGUGAAUUCUUUGACAAUCUUUUGAAAGAAAUAUCCCAAUUGAAUCACCUUCAACAAAUAAAUCAAGAACAAUUCAGUAAUGAAUUUAAAAAAUUAAGAACUUUGUUAAUUGACACGACAUCCCCAUAUAAAAAGGAUUUGUAUGUUUGGCGAGAAAUAUUUAAAAAGUAUAUUCUUGCCGAAAUUUUUAUUGGAAAUAUUGAAAUUGAUAGAAAAGAGAGAGGCUGGGAAUUGGCUCAGAAGAAAUUAAAUAAAUUUAAUGAAGAAUUGAAUAUAUUAAAGUUGUCAAACAAAUUAAAGGAGCCUUCGUCCAAAACCAUUUUGGAAGAAUUCUUAAAGUGGAAACCAAUUCGACUAUGUUGUGGACAUGUAUUUUGCAUUCAAUGCCUCAUCAGUGCUGGACGUAAAGGAAUAAAAAAUUGUCCUAUAUGCCGAGCUGAAAAUGCAAUUUUUAAUGCUGAUUCAAGUAAUUUGGAUGUAUCGUUAAUGAAUUUUUUAAAGCUUUACUUUCCAAGUGAAACAAAACAAAAACAAAAUGAAAAUGAUCGCGAAAGAGCAAUUCAGGAUAUUCAAAUACUUACAGGUCGCAUUUAUCAUUGA